AAAAAAUACUUUGCCUUUUCUAAGGUUUUGAGUUCAAAAUCAAGAUUUUCUUAAUGUAAUAUAGAAAUGGAUGAAGCGUUAGAGAAAUUUAAAACUCCAAUUGAAGUUCUUCCGGUGCUAUUAUUUAAUGAAUCGUCACAUACCGAAGAUAAUGAAAAUAGCACAAUUGAUUGUUUAAAAUGUGACAAUAGUUAUACAUUCCCAAGGGACAAGGAUGAAUAUUUAGCGCAUUUAUUUCUUAUACAUCGCUUAGUUAUUGCAGAUGUUGAAGACAUAGCUUGUUUAACAGAUUAUUUAUUAUAUUGGCAAACUGAAUUUAAAAAUCAUGAACUUGAAGAAUAUUGCACAACUAUGUUACUAGAUCAAUUGCCAGAUGGGAGGCCAGCUAAGAACGAGAGAUAUUACUUACUCUGCGAUAUACUUCCUAAAGAUUUUGAAUUACGAAAGCGGUUGCAACAUCAGAGUCUGGAAAGAGCUUUAGCUAAACAUCAAUUCGAGCUAACUGAUCGUAAUUUUUCUAAGGAAUGUUUAUAUUGUCGGGAUGUAAUCAGUGGUCUACGAUCUGAUUACUUAUUACAUCUUUUCAAUAAACACUUUUUACAAUUAGGCAAACCAGAAAAUCUUGUUUACGUAGAUGAACUAAUAUCCAAGGUGCAAUAUAACCUAGAGCAUCUUAUUUGUCUUUAUUGCGAAAAGAUUUUUAAAGACCGCAUUGCACUUAAAGAACACAUGCGUAAGAAAGGUCAUAAACGUAUCAACGAGAGUAAUCGAACCUACGAUAAAUAUUAUCUGGAAAAUUAUCGCAUAGAUAAACAAAACAAAACUUCAAAACAUUUUAACCAAAAUAAGAAAUCUCGAAAAGAAAACCCACAAACGUCCAAAAAUAUUACAAGAGGAGAGCCCAAAACAAGUAUUAACGAGGGCAGUGUUGAUUUUGAUCAACGUAUUAAGAAUAGUAGUGAUGAUAACGAUUCAGAUUGGUCCGACUGGAAUGAUGACAAGCUUCCACCAUUGAAUUGUCUGUUUUGUAAUCAAAAAGAAAAUGACUACAAGUCCUUCAAAGAACAUGUACUUAAUAAACAUCAGGUAGACUUUGAUGAAAGCAUACGUUCUCUUAAUUUUUAUCAAAAAAUCAAAGUCGUUAACUAUGUGAGACGUCAAAUAUGCCUGUUUCGUUGUGUUACUUGCAAUUUACGUUGUGAAAAUUCAGAACUUUUAUUUGAACACAUGAUAACACAGCAGCAUCUUGGUAUUGGAACUAAAAAACAAUGGGAUAAACCUGAGUACUUUUUUCCAACUUAUGAAGAUGACGGCUUGCUAUAUAUUCUAGACGAUAAUCCGAAUGAUGACACAGACGAGACUGUCGUGCGUAUCAUUUCAGAAGACACUAUGGCUCAAAUAAACAAGGACGCCGAACGUCUGUCACUAGAGGGCUUUCAAUAUUUAUAAUACAUAAAAAAUUUUAACGCACUAAUAAAUUUUUAUUAUUUAA